AUGUCCACUCGUUUAAGCUUACAUCUCCUGGCAGUUGUCGGAUCGGCGUUGGGCCAUCGUCUACCGGUCCGGCAGAAUGGCACCACGCAAGAUCCCUCAGCAUUGCUCGACCUCGGCAUAGAAGCUCUCGGUGGCAACGAAGCCAUCUCGUCCAUCCAGAGUCUGACCUACGUUGGUGAAACAAUCCUCCGAGAGAGAACUUUGAUGUUGGCCAUAUCGGUAUCUGGCGUCGACAAUGCGGCGGUGACUGCUGGUCGACAAAAUGUGUCCUUUUCUUACGGCCAAGAACAAAUCCAGCAACGCAUCGACAAGGUUGCUUCGCUUGGACCCGGUUGGACAUUCGGACGCGCGAACCUCGCUCCCAUGGACUUCUCCAUCGUUGUCGGUGGCGGCGCUAACGGCUUCGCAGCCGUUACCAGAGGUAGCUACAAUUUGUACAAUCCUGCCGGCGAGCCUCAGGGCUACCUUGACGGAUUACUUGCAUCCUACCUCAUCAGCGAGGCGUACAAAUGGGAUCCUCUCCUUCUUGCCAAGAUCCGAUUAAACAACAACUUCAUCGGACAAGAUGGAGUCACCGGUGCGGGUGUUGAACUUGCGGGCGUUCAUGAUAAUGCUCUCAAUCUCACGGUGCUCUUCGACCCCGUGACCAACCUUCCCUACAUCAUACGGUCCUAUGAAGACCACCCUUUCUUCGGCGCUUCCACUCAUGAUCUUUUGGUCCACGACUACACCGAAGUCAACGGCGUGCAGAUACCGCAGCGGUUCAAGACCAUCUACAAUGGCAAGCACCUCACUGGAGACUAUCGCGCCGAUCAGAUCGAUAUCAACGGCGGGCUUACCGAGGACUUCUUUGCGGUUCCCGGCAACAGCCCAGUUCCCGAGUCUGGCGUACCCGUCCGCGAUCCGCAGUACAGCUUUGCCGAGAUCGGUGAAACGGCCGCCGGGUUCCUUUGGCCGGGAGCGUACACGGGAACUUCGGAGACGAUUGCAGCCGCGGCCUCCCGGCCCUUCGAAGACUUGCCCGGACUCUGGACCAUCAGUCCCGGAGGUGACUUGGGUAUGAGACAAGCUAUCGUUGAGCUCGAGGACGGGUCGGUCAUCGUGUUGGAUGCGCCGCCGCAUCAGAGUAGACUCGUGAUUGAAUGGGCCCAGGCCACUCUUGGGAAGAACAUCACCCACGUCUGGCCUACACACCACCAUCACGAUCACGCUUUCGGCGUAGUAGACUACGUCGCGCAAGGCGCCAAGCUCAUCGUCCCCGAACACGCCGCAAGCUAUUACACGACUGUUCCUCAAGACCAAAUCGUCACCUACCAACGCGGCGGAUCCCUAGUACUCAAGGACAGCAAAGUCCAGCUGGCGCUCGUCGAUAUGGAGGCGACUGUGCACGCCGUGGAUCACGGCUACGCCCUCAUUCUCCCAGCGUGUCCUACCGAGACGAGCUCUACGGCCGUGUUCGACGCGGACCACGGGAAUCUGGCCUUCAUUGAAACCUUCGAUCACGCCGCGGUCCAAGAGCUCCUCGCGUCUCUUGCGAGAAGCAAAGUGCCCGGCAAUGCACACUUCCUUCCGUCGCAUGGUCCGGCGGGAAAUGUUACUGAUCUUAUCAGCGUGUCUGGAUUCAUGUAUCCUUCCUUCACUGCCCAGGAGUUUGUCCACAGCCAAGCCACUUGUUGA